GCCAGCUUCAUCCUGCACCCUAGAGUGUUCACCCCUCCGCUGCCGCAGUUCGAAUAACGAUCUCUCAGCUGCGUGAACGCCACGGACAUCAUGGACAUGUGCCUGCGCUGGUGAAUUUCAACGCCUGGACAACUUCACCCCACGACGGACGGACGGUCGCCUCCUACGCAGUCCGCUGCGGCGCCCAGUCCAAUGUCUCUGCAAAGUCUUGCGCUCGCCUUUGCGGCAGGCUGCUUUGGUGUCGCGCAGGCUCAGACACUUCCGUACGUGCCGACAUCGAUUCUCCUGCCAGAGGCCAACAUCGUCCCAUUACAACAGAACAUCUCUGCCAAUCUGGCCUAUGUCUUCGCGACCAGUGGGGAUGCUGUCAGGCUAUUCACUCUAGACGUCUCCGGGUCCUUCGAUGCUUCAUCUCUACCUCUCGAACCAGUCUCCACCAGCUUGCCUUUUCUCGGAGACUCAAGUACAGCCUUUGCGCCUUCGCUCUCCGACAAUGGCUCACUUAUCGUCUACGCCGGCGACUGUUCAUCAUCAGAGAAAACCAGCGUCUGGACUCUAAACUCCCCGGCAGACUCCAGCACGGCCACAUGGGCCCAGAUCAAGACGACCACGUCGUCCCGAGAUGACGCGCGAAAGAUGGGCCCCGGCUUUCUGGGAAGCAGUUUCAGCUUCUCUACGACACUCGAGCCAAUCAUGUCGAAGGCCAGCGUGUAUGUUUACGGCGGCAUGUGUCCCAACGCCAGCUCCAAUGCGACUUCUGCCCAGUCAAAGGCUUCAUACUCGAACAAGAUGGUCAAGCUCACGCCCGCGAAGGCUGAUAAUGGAGGGUACGAUGUCGCCCUAGUCGAGAAUCAGGGUCCUCCUAUUCCUGAGGCUGGCUUCACCUUCACGGGGCUCUCCGCUUCUAUUUCGAACCGGUCCGGCACCGUCACCCAACAGGUCAACUACGUCCUUCUUGGGGGUCACACACAAACUGCAUUCAUCAACAUGAGCACCGUGGCUAUAUGGAGUCUCCCGGAGGAAAGCUGGACGUUCUUGACCAACGUCGGUAUGGCAGGCUCCGGAACGCACAACACUGAGCUGAGGGCUACCGCAACGAGCGUCGAUAGUCGCUCAGGCCAUACCGCGAUUCUCAACGAAGACGGAACGGCGCUCAUAAUUUUCGGCGGCUGGGUGGGUGACCUUACCCAGGCAGCAUCGCCACAACUCGCCGUGCUCCAGAUAGGAGCCGGCUAUGGUGGUAUCAGCGAGUGGCAGUGGUCUGUACCCGAAAAGCAGCCAGAAAGCCCAGCGUUAUACGGCCACGGAGCCACUCUCCUGCCCGGCAAUGUCAUGAUGGUUUAUGGUGGACAAAGGAUCCAAGCAGCAUCUGGCACCAAAACCCGACGACAGAGCCCAGUGGUAAACAGUUCCGCCAUGUUCUUAAACCUCACAUCCAUGGAGUGGACGAGUAGCUAUACAAAUCCUUCGUAUACAGGCCCCGGCAUCGGACAAUCAGGAUCCGCCACGACUUCUGAAGACACAAAGAAGAAGCUGGGCUUGGGUCUUGGACUUGGCCUAGGACUGGCUGCCAUCAUUGCAGCGCUGCUGAUCUACUUCUGGUAUCGGCGCCGCCUUCAGCAUCGGCGCACCAUCCGCAACUCAGCACUCCAAGCACUGGCCCAAGACCAGACCCGCUACGUACACGACAUUGACGGAGACAUGAUUGAGCGCCCUGGUGGUUUCUCCUGGUAUGCCAGUGGUGGCGCCGCCGGAUAUCAGACAGAAAAGCGCUCGCUGGGCUACGAGAGUCUCCGUGGAGCCCGUGCCAGUAUGGAUGCGAGCAUUGAGCCCUGGUGGGAGGAGACUGCGCCGCAGCACAUCCGCAGGAAGCCGGUUGCAGCGCUCGCUGGCCGUGGUCAGUAUCAGCAAGCGCCAACGAGCAGCUUUGAGCAGUCUGUACCCGCUCAUGGGUCCCGAAACAUACACCCCAUCAUUGAGGCAGACGAGGAUGGGUCGAUGCAUGAUGCCGAUAUUGCGAACCACAGAAUGAGUCUCUCGCAUGAUCCUCGAGAAGACCAUGACUACUCGGAUCCUUUCGUCACGCCGACCCGUGACUCAGCAUAUGCAUUGCCUCCACCGAGCCGGGGGGGCCGGACACCUAGUCCCGAGCGUGUCGGUCCAACCACGGAUCCAGAGGUGCAGGACUGGAUGACAGACGUCGACACCGCAGAUGCGCUUCUAAGCGGUCGCAUGGUGCCAAGGGCAGUUGUGGCUGGUGGCGGCCGGACCUCACCAACACGGCGAGCGACUGUCCGAUCGAAUCGAUCAAUAGGACAAUAUUUUGGAGACGACGACUCGCGGACAGGGAGCAAUUUGUCUGAGUCGAAUCGCAGCAAUCUCUCCGGAGGAUCCGGGUCCAUUCGCGUCCGCCCAUCGCCAGGAUUUGGUGUGGCCAUGACAGCGGCAGCCGCCGCCGCCGCAGAGGGCAGAGGCGAUACGGCAGGGAGCGGCUCUUCUGUCUCGACACCCAGCUACAACACAGCACGGACCAGCUUCCAUGCGUUGCAGACCGAGGGCCCUUCGUUGCUACUUGGAGGCAAUAGAGAUCCAGACUAUGACGAUACACCUGGAAGCCCGAGCAAAUCUAAGCCUCGUCGCGGUUGGCUCGGUAGCCUCCGGCGGGUCUUCAGCGGAGGCGCGACUGUGCCUAGCCCUCCUGGCAGUGAUCGUAACGACAGCCCGACUCGGGACAUAUUCGCCGAGACCAGCGACUUCGAUGCACGUCGCGGAGGACUUGGCGAGAUCGCAGCUGGCGGUCUCCUUCGGAGGAAAGGUGGCCGUGGUGCCUGGGCUGACAAUGGACAUGAACGGUCCUCAAGUCUUGGCGGUACGGAUUACGGCGGCUACCAGCCAGCACGAGCCCCGGACGACGAUGAGGACUGGGACAUUGAGAAGGAAGUGGAGAAGCGGCUUGUGCAAGUCAUGUUCACGGUGCCUAAGGAACGCUUGAGAGUGGUCAAUGCCGAGCCGGACUUUGACGGGGAGAGUGCUGUCUUUGUGGAACCGCCGGAUGUAAAAAGCGGUGAUGGCAGCCUUGCUGGUGCUGGUUCGAGCGGCACUGGGAAGGAGAGUCAGGCUAGGCCGGUCACACCAGACAUCCAGCAUCCCCCGACACCACCACGGACGACAUCCCCAUACGAAAAGGGCUUGCCGUCCAUCCCCGGCCGCAUGGUAACCCCUGACAGGGAAGAGGCGGAGCACAGGACGUUCAGUUUCCAGGGCGGUGUGCAUGAUGUGGUUACGCCACGCAAGGACGAGCAUCUCAACAGCAGUGUCAUGGGAGAGAACAUUGACCAGACAAAGAAGGACCACCGGCGGUUCAGCUUCCAGCCAGAGGAAGUCCUCAGCAUUUCGCCGGAAGCUCGAGAAGGGUCGGACAGUGUCGCGACUCGCAACAAAGGCAAAGCCAAGCAAGCCUCUGGCAGCUCAGACGGGUCUGACGGCGAGAGGCUCGUGGCCCUCGAGCGCGAGAUCAGCCUGCUCGGAAAAGAGCUCGAGUCGGAUCAACGGCGCGCCAGCGGGCCGGCGGAGAAGCGGCCGCGCUCUGGCGUGUCAUCGGGCAUGGUAUCGGAUGGUGACAAUUAUAGCGAAGCGGACGUCUUCUCCGCCGAGGCGGUGGAGAUCGCGCGCCCUGCGACGCGAACUCGGGUGCUCCAGAUGGUCGAGAGCUUUGAGAGCUUGACCAAGGCGCCGAGCCCGGGGACCACGCCCUCGAGGUGAUUGCAACCUAUCCACAGCUUUUGUGUUUUCGAUGCGUUUAGGGCCGGUGCGUUUGUUCAGCAUUUAGUGUUGGCUAUGGCUGGAUAUUGAUUGUGGGCGGGAAUACUUUUCUUUGGCCGGGAUGGGGCAACUCGUGUUCACGGCGUAAUAUCUUUGAUUUCUCUUCCUUCUUCACAUCUCACAUGCAAUCUUAUUUGAAGCGUGGGGUUUCUGGGUACCGGCGCUGGGUUUUUGUACGUAGCAUACCAUUCCGAAUUUUGGUGUUUCAAAACAGACGGUCGCUCCAUUGGGAUUAGGGGACGAGCAGGAUGAUACCAGGUUUAGCAAGACAGCUGAUUUCUCCCCCGGGAGUGAAGAUGGUGGGGAGUAUAUACAUUCGUUUUCUCGCACAUCCGA